AUGACCUCCAACACGGGCUCUCUCUUCGGAGGGAGUGGUCUUGGGGCGGCCACAACCGCCCAAGCACCAAGCCUGUUCUCAACCAACAGGCCGACACUGGGCUUGGGCACUCAAUCGACUGCGCCUACACAGGGUGCCCAGACUUCUUCACUCUUUGGUCCAUCCCAGACCCAGCAACAGCCAACCCAGACCUCUUCUCUGUUCGGGGGACAAUCUCAGGCCCAGCAGCAACCGGCCCAACCCUCGUCGCUAUUUGGAGGGCAAUCCCAAGCUCAGCAACAGCCAGCCCAAUCUUCUAUUCUCGGCCAGUCCCAACAGCCGGCCACCGAUGGACAGGCGCAGGGUCGGGCUUCUACCCAGGCAACGCAGCCUGCAUUCUUCAACAGCCUGUUGGAGCGGGGCAAAAAGCGUCCGCUGUCUGCGACUGGUCAAAAUGGCAACUUUGACGAGAUCCCCAGCCUCCAGUUGGGUCUGGAUGACAUUCGGAGAAAAGCGAGAGAGCUUGGCACCGCAGGACAGAAGGAUACCCAGCAGGCGGGCACGGCUAGCAAGGCCCACUACCUCCUUGCGGCUUCUGGGAUCUCCCCAGGACGGGCCUUGCGCGACCUCAAGUCUCUGGAUCCGCAGGCAUCCAUCUCCGCUGCGGCAGCGAAAGAACAGGACAGCUUUGACCCGGAUAACCAGAGGUUUCUGCGCAACAUUCAGCAGCGUGGCCGCCAAGUCAUGAUUGCGGAGAGCUUAGCCCGGUCUCAGAGAGAUUUUGACGCAUUCCUAGAAGAGAAGGUGGAUAUGGACUGGGAAGACCAGCGUCAGAAGAUUUUCCAUCAUUUUGGUCUCUCCCAGAAAGAUGCUGGUGGGGACCUGAAGGCCACCGCGCGCGGUGCUUUUGGACGGUCUACACGACAGUCCAAGCUGACGGGCUCCAGUUCCGCUCAUGGUCCCACCGCCGCGUCUCGUAGGAGCGUUUUCGGACGCUCUGGCCUCGAGAAAUCGGUGAUUGGGACACCCGGGGCGGGAUUAGCAAGCCGUCAGCUAUUUGAGGAUCCGGCCGAGCGCAAUGAAGGAACCACUGUCCACUCAGCGGACCUCCGGUUCUUGCGAGAGAAGAUGGGUCACUAUGCCGAGAAGGUCCAACAGCUAAACACCGUCAGACUACAGAAGCAGAUCUAUCCCAUCCUUCAUGAGUUCGCAGAUGUCGAAAAACGCACGGGUGGCGAUGCUCCUCGACAAUUGGUCGAUGCAUAUGGAGCCCUCAUUCGAGUCGUCCGUGAGAAUGCAAGCAUUUCUAGUCCGUCUGACCCGGGUGCUGUACGGGAGCGACAGUAUGCCGAUGACUACUUGGAAGAAUCAGUCAAAUCCCGCAGGGCCAUCAAUCUCCGGAAGCAGAUUCUCGAAGGGUCAAAGGGAUUCCUUGAGAAUCUGUUCUAUAACGAGGUCGAGAAUGUCAUCGCCAAGAAUCCGCGUGAGGCACAGCUGGGCGGCAUUCCCAGCGUGAUCAACAAGAUCCGCGGCUACAUUCGCCUUCGGGCAGCCAGGAAGGAUUUGGCGCCAGAUGGGACCGAACUCCAGAUGGUUGGUCAAGACUACUGCUGGAUCCUGAUUUUCUACCUUCUGCGAUGUGGAUUCAUCACCGAAGCGGCGGAAUAUGUCAGCCAGGACCCCGGUUUCCGCUCUCUGGAUCAUAAGUUCGUAACAUACAUGACCACCUAUGCGCAGAACAGACGCCUGCCACGCGACUUGCAGCAGAAGAUCAAUGGCGAGUAUCAGCAACGUUCGCGGAAUGCGCCUGACAACACUGUCGACCCCUAUCGGAUGGCCUGUUACAAGAUCAUUGGCCGCUGUGAUCUCUCCCGCCGUCGCUUGGAGGGCAUCAAUCAAAGUGUGGAGGAUUGGAUGUGGCUGCAGUUCAGCCUUGCUCGAGAAGACGAUCGCGCGGAAGAGGUGGCGGGUGAUGUUUUUGGGCUGGAAGAUAUUCAGACCGACAUCACUGAGAUCGGACAACGCGUCUUCACCAAGGGCCAAGAAGGGCCGGGUGGCUAUGGAACUUUCUUCCUUCUCCAAAUCCUGGGGGGAAUGUUCGAGCAAGCCGUGGCCUAUCUGGGCACCUAUUCGCCGGUCACUGCGGUGCAUUUUGCCAUUGCGUUAGGGUAUUAUGGUCUUUUGCGUGUAUCCGACUUCUACACGUCUGGAGAGGAGAUCUUAUCCUUCACUGUGAAACAGUAUCCCCAGAUCAAUUUUGGGUACCUCAUUACACAGUACACCCGCGAAUUCCGCACUGGAUUUGUUGAGGCCGCCAUUGAUUACUUCACCUUGAUCUGUCUCAAUGCGGACCUCCCAGGCUCGCUGGGCAAGUCUCAGGCCUCAGUCUGUCACGAAGCGUUGCGCGAAUUCAUCUUGGAGACCAGAGAUUUCGCCAAGCUGCUCGGUGACAUCCGGGCUGACGGUACCAGAAUCAAGGGUGUGAUCGAGCAGCGCCUCGACUUAAUCAAUCUGGAAGACCAGCAGGAAUUCCUCAAAACCAUCACGGUCCAGGCGGCGGCAGUGGCCGACGACAAGGGUUUGAUCACCGAUGCCGUUCUUCUGUACCACCUGGCCGAGGAUUACGACCGCGUCAUUGAUAUCAUCAACCGGGCUCUGUCAGAUGCGAUUGCGGUCGAACUAGGGGGUGUUCUGCCGAAGCUGCAGCCUCUUCGUCCGCGAGUCGAGCAGGGUCAGGAUGGUCAGGCCGCACAUGCAGGCACCCCUGAUCCUGGCAGCAGUCUCAGCUUGACGGCCGUAGAUGACCCGGUCGUCUUGGCGAAGAACAUGAUCAGCCUCUACAAUUCAAACACACUAUAUUGGCAACAGAUCCGACAGAUGAACCGGGAUGCCUGCGGGCUGCUUCUUCGCCUGAUGGAAGCCAAGAUUCUCGUUGAAGCCGGGCGUUGGACGGUGGCACUCGAUGUAGCUCACGGGUCUGUCCCGUAUAUCCGCAGCGCCGCACAGGCCUUCUCGUCCUUCCCUCCCAUCAUCUCGCGCAACAUCGGGCAUGUCAUCAUGUGGAGCAUUACCUGCAUCGGCCAUGAGCGCGAACGUCAGAACUCCGGGCAGUAUGACAAUGAGACGCGACAAGGUAUGGCGGAGAACCUGCUGGUGUCGGCGAAGGAUCUGAUGAUCUUCUCGGGCAUGGUGAAGUACAAGUUGCCGCCUCGGGUCUACGAGACUCUUGCUCGGGCUGGUGCGGACAUUGGAGCUUAUUAG